AUGUCGAAAUCGAAACCGUCGGCUUCCCAAUCUCGUUCUCGUCGUGCGCCUGUUUCGCGUGGCAUCAAUGUUAACGCACACAAUCGCUUCGCGGUCCUUGCGGCGCCCGAUUUCCGGCAGGUUGCGGAAGGUGCCGAGGAGUCCGUCUCGUCCUCGCCGGGGUCGUCGAAGUCGUCGCGUCCUGCCCGACCGGUGGCGGCCGGAGUCGAGAAAGAAAAGGCUGCCACGCCAGCCGGGGGUGCGGGUGCGGUGCGCUCCGGUAAGGUUGGUGCGAGCGCUCCUGGGUCGUCCCGUGCACCGAUGAUGGGCGUGCGAAACGAGCGGGCGGCUUCACCCGUCAUUCCGCGCUUGUCUCCUCCGACGGUUGAGGAGCACGAUGCUCAACUCAUCGCCUUCAAACAACGUAAGGAGGCGCAGGCGACUGUGGCGGCACAGGUUGCCGAUCUCGGUAAGCGGCACCGGAAGGCAAAGAGCCAUUUCGAGCGCCUCAAAGUGGAGGACCGCCUCCAACAUGCGCGAGUCCGUGCGGAUACGCGGAAGUUGGGCACGUCCGUGCAAACGCAGCGGGAAGUGGUGGAGCAGAAGUGGCAAGAACUACGCGCGGCGCAGGAAGUGCGUGCGACGCUCGAGGCGCAAAUCGCCGACGCCCGGUCGUCGCUGGGUGUCUUGGAGGCCCAGUACCGCGUGACGCAGGACAACCUGAGAGCUGCCCGGGGUGCGCGGGAACGGGAAGUGGCUGCGGCCAAAACAACGGCCGAUGCGCUGGCGGAGGAGCUUAGCGUGGCUUCGGUGCAGCAGCGCCGCAUGCGGGGUGAGCAUACGGAGCGCCUAGCGGAGGAGGAAUCUGCGGCGAGAGCCCGUGGUGCGUCUGUUCUUCCGACCCGGCAGCACUCCACCGACGACGAGGUAGGAGACGGUCGUGAGAGGCGCGUCCGCCAGCACCGCGCGGACAUUGCCCUGCUAGAAGAGGCGGGCGCUGAUGUUCCUCGGUUGGGGAACGCUGCCGCACCGGCCCGAGCAGAAACAGGCGUUUCGGUAUCUCUCGCCAGGGAGGUCGCCACUAUCAUGGCGCAGGGGUCCGGAUUUACGUUUGACCAGGCCAUGAAGAUGGCGCUGGCGUCCAGGAAACGGAAGGACUGCCCGCCGUCCAGCGGAUCAGAGGACGGUGAGUACCGCCGCGGACGUGGGGGUCGCCGCGGUAGUCACGGCGGACGGGCCGGUAAAGGCGAUCGAGGUGGUGGUGCCCGCGGGUACUCCGGUAGGAAGCAAUACCGCGGCGGUGACUCCAGUGACGGGUGGUCUGCAUCGGACUCGGGUAGUGAAUACCGUGGAGGAGGACGCAGUGGGCGCCAUGGCCGUGGUGGCGGUGGCGGACGCCACUGGUCCGGCAAAGAGAAGGCGGGUCGUCAUCAUUCUGGUGACAGCGGAGACUCCGACGGACAUGGCCGCGGGUUUGGGGGCCGUGCGCGUGGCUCUCGCGGACGUGGAGGCCGUGCUGGACGCAACAGAUAUGAGUCCGAUAGUAGCAAUAACGAAGACGAGGAGGCUCGUUUCGUAGGGAGACACGGUCAGGUGACGUAG